AUGGCUCCCUCGACGCUCGACCUGUUCAUGUUGACGUUCAACUGCGCCAAGAACUUUAUCGACGUAGGCGUCUUCGCAUCACACCUCAACGCCGCCUUCAAACACAAUGCCACUGUGCUCCCCGAGGUUGUCGUCUUCUCUCUGCAAGAGGUCGCCCCCUUGUCGUAUUCCUUCAUCGGCGGCUACUUUCUCAACCCGUACCUCGCACGUUUCGAAGAGGCCCUGAACCUUGCCGCUACCCGAUACACCAGCGAACCUGACUCCAACGACGAGAGCAGCGAUGCCGCCGACGAUGAUACGAUCUCGGUCAAGCCUACCGCCCCUACCCCCGUGCGGUCAUACACCCUGGUGCGGACUCGCAAUGUCGGUAUGACCGCCAUCAUGCUCUUUGCACGCAACCCGGAGUCGAUCCUGCGUGUGCAAGAGGCCGAGGUGGGCUUCGGUGCGGCAGAAAUGGGCAACAAGGGCGCCGUGGCGCUGCGAGUCCUGUACGAAGGUGUAACAACGGACGGCGGGAAGAAGGAGACGGAGCUCACUUUUGUGGCCACCCACCUGGCGGCGAUGGAGUGGAACUUGCCCCGGCGGAACGCCAACUGGGCGGCCAUCAUGCGUGGCCUCACGUUCGAGAACCCGGAAACCCUUCUGAAGCCCAAGAAGAAGAACGAGCCCAGUAGUACAGCGGCACCCGCCGAAGGGGAUGGGCAGACGGACGGCGCCGGAGAUGAAGGAGUGCACCUCUUACACGACGAACACCAUGCCGAGACUCUUGCCCUCCAGGAGCGUCUGCAGGAUAUCUCCGUCUUCAAGCCGAGCUCGCACCUCUUUGUCGGCGGCGACCUCAACUACCGCAUCUCCACGACAAGCCCGCCACCGAUGGCGACGUUCCCCAGCCUGGACCCGGAUAGCGAACACCACUACUCUCGCUUCUUCGCCCUAGAUCAGUUGACGAGGGAACGCCAGGCGGGACGGACCCUGCACGGUCUCAGCGAGGCGGAGGUCAAGUUUCCGCCAACCUACAAGUACAACGUGCUGCCACCGGACGACACCCGUCUCAAGGUGGACGGCGUCGAGGACGUGCCGUGGGUAUUUGCCCCUCACCGGUAUCCCGGCUGGACGGACCGCAUUCUGUUCCUUGACGUCCCCUCAUGGACUAAAGUGGAGCCCCAGAAGAUUGAGGUCAAGUCCUAUGACGCCCUGCCCGUGGUGCGCAGCUCAGACCAUAGAGCCGUGUUUCUGAGAGCGGCGGUGCCGCUCCUGACGGAGGAAGAGCUGGCCCGGCCGUCCCCCGAGGUUCCGACGGCCAACGGGGUGGACCCCCGCCUCGUGCUGCCGGUGGCCAUCGACCCCGAGGCCUGGGAACGCCGGGCGGCGGCGAGACGGAAGGAGAUGUUUGUCGGCUGGAGCAUGUUCCUUUGGUCUACCAAACAGGGGGCGCUGUUGCUGGCCACGCUGUUGGCCGUGGGCGCAGGUUCCUGGUGGCUGAGCCAGUGA